GACACAUUUGCACCUGGGGUGUUUCGUGACAACCAUGCAUCGUGCAGUACUGUUGCUACUUUGUGCAUGUUGCACUGCUGUUUCAGCGAAGCCAAACAUAAUUUUCAUCUUCGCCGAUGAUUACGGGUACCAUGAUGUCGGGUACCACAACUCGGACAUUAAAACACCAGUCCUUGACCAGCUGGCUGCAGGUGGAGUAAAGCUCGAAAACUACUAUGUCCAGCCACUCUGCACCCCCUCACGGGCACAGUUUAUGUCCGGGAGGUACCAGAUUCAUACUGGUUUACAACAUUUCGUCUUCCUGUCUUCCCAGCCCAGUGCUCUGCCGCUAGGUAGCGCCACAAUUGCAGACAAGAUCAAAGAGGCAGGGUAUUCAACCUAUGCUGUCGGCAAAUGGCAUCUUGGGUUCUACAAUGCAUACUUGCCUACCAACAGGGGAUUUGAUUCAUUCUAUGGCUACCUGGCAGGCGCCGAGGACUAUUACACACACAGCCAUUGUGACUUUAACAAUCCCUCAUUAUGUGGCCUUGACUUACUUGACAAUACAAAGCCAGUGUUCACCGAGAAUGGUCACUAUUCAACGCAUCUGUUUACGGAGAAGGCAAUUGAUAUCAUCCAGAAGCAUGACAAGUCGAAGCCAUUCUUCUUGUACCUGGCGUAUCAAUCUACACACACUCCCCUCCAGGUCCCCAGCCAAUACAUGAAUCAGUACAGCCACAUCAACGACACGAAAAGGCGAACCUUUGCUGGCAUGUCCACAUGUAUGGAUGAGGGGAUCGGAAAUGUCACUGCAGCUCUCAAGUCUUCUGGCCAGCUAGCGAAUACUCUAAUUGUAUUUUCCGCUGACAAUGGAGGCCAGGUCCACCACGGGGCAAACAACUGGCCGUUGAGGGGAAUGAAGGCGACAUUAUGGGAAGGAGGUACCAGGGCUGUUGGGUUUGUGUACGGCGACAUGCUGCAGAACAAAGGAACGACCAAUCACCAGAUGAUCCAUGUAUCUGAUUGGUUCCCAACACUGGUGGGUCUGGCUGGUGGGAACACCAAUGGAACAAAGCCUCUAGAUGGAUUUGACCAAUGGAAGACCAUCAGUCAAAAUAGCGCCAGUCCAAGGACGGAGAUCCUACACAAUAUUGACCCCCUGACAAAGCCCCAGGGACAAAAGCUGUAUAACAACACCUUUGACACGCGGAUCAGAGCAGCAAUAAGAGUUGGGAAGUGGAAGCUCAUCACUGGAGAUCCGGGAGAGGGCAGCUGGACCCCACCUCCACAAUCCGGUAGGAAGCCGAUUGUGCCACCUGUUGAUGCCUUGAAGAACCUCUGGCUGUUCGACAUACCAAAUGAUCCAACUGAGCGCCAUGACGUGUCAGUGGCUAACCCAGGCGUUGUUAUGGAUCUGCUGAACCGAUUAGCCAACUACCAGAAAACAGCAGUGCCCACUGUCUUCCCUGCCUCUGACCCCAUGGCUGACCCCAGCCUACACGGAGGAGCCUGGGGCCCUUGGCAGUAACCGGAAUGUACACCCAGUUUAUCGUUUGUCGAAAUCAGGUGGACUGUUAUGAUAAAAAAUAUUUUCUAUUGUCCAGAGAACCAUCUGUUGUUCGAUAAUCCUAGACACAUCAAUUGAAUCCAUAACGUAUUCAUUCACGUGAAAGGUUUUCAGCAGCUGUUUAAAUGUAGGCAUACUAGUUAUUACUCGUAUUGAUUUAGAUGAUACUGUACCCAUCCUUUACUUGAAUAACUCUCCUGAAUUAAUUAUGUCCCAAAAUUUUGUAUAAUUUUACUCAAACAAUAUUCAUUAUAAUGAAACACACAUCAGUAAUAAUGAGUCUGUAUUAGAUUUAUGGAUUAAAAAUAGUCUUUAUUACUGAUUGCAUAUAACCAAAUAAUCUCACUUUUAUAUCAUGCAUGACCUAUAUCUACUUUUAAUAAACUGUAAUUAAAAAACUUUAAUUAAGUGUCGGUCAACAGAAAUGUCUAAACAUGUAGAUCUUGUUGUUGUACAAUGCAACCUUAAGUCUAAGUCUGUGUUAAAGUAUGGGAGUGCUUGUAUACAAUCCACAAUGCUAAAAUCGCUUUCUACAAUGUCACCCUGGUUUCGCAAGUCAUUUUAAAGAAUACCGGUUUGAAUUGCAGUGUAGGUUUACGCAGUGCUGUGGUAUAGACUUACAUAGACUUAUACACAGAGUCAUUUUAUCCACAAUGCAAA